AUGCUUAGUUCCAUGUCAUCGAGGGAGACGCUGUACUUCUCAUGCUCCGAAUGGCUCAUGGGUACCAUGAUUAACGUAGCACUACUUUCUAUUUGCUUUCAUCCGAAAGCAUUUGCACUGUCUCGCAACUAUCGACACUAUAAUAGGAUGGAAGGGUGGUAUCAUGUGCUUCGACGUGGCUCCGACAAUGAGCUGUUUUUAUCAGCUCCUACCUGUAAGUCAUGA